GAGCCUCCGAAGCGUGACCCGUCGCGACUUUGGGGCGAGGGGGAGGGUGAGCAGGGUGAGCAGGGCAAGUCGCCCCGCGUCAGCGUCGUCAGCCUUUGUGUUGCACGCGACAUGGCGCGCGUCGUCUCUUUUACCUGUCUGUCGCGGAGUUCGGGCGGCGAGCGUCGUCGGGGAGCUGACCCGCUCGGCGUCUAGGCCCCGGAGGCCCUCGCGUCGUCGUCAUCGAGAGUUAGGAGAGUGCGAGGGUGACGCGGUGAGGGGUGGCGAACAGGCUCGCUCGGACGGACGGACGGACGACCUGGAGCGGUCGUGUCGCUCGGCGCCCAGGGCCCGCCCGGGGUCCGCCCCGGCGGGGACGUGUUUCGCCUGCUCCACGCUGGACUAGCGCGACGGCCGCGGCCAGGACCGCCGCCCGCGCCGCCGCCCGCUCUCCACGUCCGCCUUGCUGCCCCCGACAACAAGUGUGCCAUUCACUUAAGCCCUCGGCCUGGCCUGGCCGGUCGGGCUCGCCGCGGGGACUCAUGUGCUGGACGGGGAGCGCGCUGCGCUGCGGGCCCAGCGGCCCCGGCUAGAGGACCCGGCCCCGUCGGCCGCCAGGGUCCAGAGUCGUCAUGGAAUCUGAGUACGACCCCUGCAACGAGCAGCCACUCGACCUAGUCAAGCGGAAGGUUACAGACGGCCCGGAGACGCAGGCCAAGAUGGGUGUGAGCAACACAGUGACCAUGACCAGGGUGGGAUCGGAGCCGCCCGUCAAGGAAGAGGACGUCUACCUGAGUGAGGAGGACGGAAACUUUUACUCUAUGGUUCAAAACUCCCAAUGUAAUGAGACAUUGGGUGUUAGAGAAAAAGUUAAGAAAUUUGUCUUGAAAGUGCCGACAAUAAAGCAAGAAGCAAUAGAUGGGGAACCCAAGUCUAGCGAUAAUUCUCAGAGAAGAAAUAGAUUUUCUGCCUCCAAGAAUAUAAAUAAUAAUUCUAAAAUUAUUGAUCUUGAGUAUAAAAGAGAAAAGGAUUUGAAGUCACCGACUGCAGCGCAAAAGAUCAAUGAGGAUGUUCGGGAAGAUAGACAAGAGGAGCUUAGAAAAUUUGUUUUGCAAUCACCCAACCUUUACAGUGCAUUGUGUUUAAAUAAAACUAAAUCAGAGACCCCUCCUAAACGAAGUCACAAAGCAAAGAAGAAGCCAGAGCCACCAGAAGUGCCUCUCAAGGACUCGUCUGGUGUAUCAGCGGCUUAUCUGGAGGUCUUUGACAAACUAAUGGCUGAAUAUAUGAAGAAAUUACAUGCACAAGGUGGACUUGACAACAUAGAAAAUACUGUGGAUGGAAUUAAUGUGAUGCUAAGUAACAUAGCAGCAUAUGAGCAGAAAUUAAUUUCUGCUAUGUAUAUGGGAAGCCUGCUUAAUUCUUCAUAUCCUGGUUUGUACCCUGGCAUGUCCAGUCUCAAUCCCCUCCUUUCAGCACAAGGCUUAAAUUCUGUAUUUAGUCCCACUUUUCCUAUUGGAUUUGCUUCAUCUCAAUUACUUCAGAAUGGAAUUAAUCCUGAAUUGUUGGGAAGUCAAUUAGCUCCUUUAUCCACUUACCACAAUUUAGUGCAACCUGAAAGAUCCAGCUCAACGCCAAUGUCGCCCCCCGCAGCGUCACCUGCAUCUGUAUCAUCAAGCACUACAACUUCUGCAGCCGCAUCACAUACCACCAAUAAAACUAGUUCACAAGAGUCUCUCCUUAGAGUUAAGGAUUUUCAACCAUGGAGAACAAGUACUGAUGCACAAUCUUCUACGCCGUUAUCCAAUUUGUUGUACCUAGCAACACCUACAGAUUUGACUUCCAACGAUGAAUCAAUGUUUCACUCUAUUUCUGCAUCAAGUGGUCGAUCCUCUUCUGUUUCUUCCUCUCAAAAUCUUACUUUAAGUCCCUUGUCAUCUGUUGGUGCUAGCCCUCCCCUUUCUUCAAAGUCAGAUUCAUUUUCACGAUCACAACUCUCUAAUUUUUCACGGUCAAUCAUGGACCAUCAGAAGAAUUCUGGAUCAAAUUCAGAUAACUCAAAAGGCCAGGAUUCUGGCAAUAACAGUAAUAAUCAAGACAAAAAGAAACCUCACAUUAAGAAACCUCUUAAUGCUUUCAUGUUGUACAUGAAGGAAAUGAGACAGCAGGUUGUCUCAGAAUGCACCCUGAAGGAGAGUGCAGCUAUUAAUCAAAUUCUUGGCCGAAGGUGGCAUUCUCUGUCACGGGAGGAGCAAGGGAAAUAUUAUGAAAAGGCUCGGCAAGAGCGGCAACUUCACAUGCAGCUGUAUCCUGCCUGGAGUGCGAGAGAUAACUACGGCUACGGCGCCAAGAAGAAGAAGAGAAAGAAGGAGCGGGUGCCGGUUGACACUGGAGGAGGAAAUAACAUGAAAAAGUGUCGAGCUCGCUAUGGUCUGGACCAACAAAGUCAAUGGUGCAAACCUUGCAGGCGUAAGAAAAAGUGCAUCCGCUACAUGGAGGCUGGAGGUGGAGGCGGUGGAGAUGAUGGGAACCAGUCCGACGACAAUCUUGGUUCGUGUGGCAGUGUGGGUGAUGGCGAUGCACACACUCCUGUGGAUGACGACGACGACGAUGAUGACGGAGACGAGUCAAUGUCACAGUCUCAUUCGCUGUCCAGUCCUGGUGGAUUGAGUGGGCUGUCGAGUUUGACAAGCCCUUCCAUGAUCCUACCAAGCCCCAGUACAAGCCUGGCGAGCCCCUCGGUCAGCCUGGCCAGCCCCUGCAUGAGCCUGCAGUCCCCCCUUACUCCGUUAGAGUAUGAGUGCAAACCCCCGCCACUGCCAUUGCCGCUCCCCCUCCCCAUGUACAACCAUCACUCAGCAAUCCUAGGGCCUCCCUUACAUCGACAUCCAGUCGGGACAAAUCCUCACGACAUCAACAAUCCGUUGAGUGUGAACCAAUUGACUGGCAAGUGCAAUAAGACAGAGACUAUUAGCAGCGCCAGCAGUGGUGGAAGUGGGGGGCCCAACGGGCAGGGCCCAGGCCCUAGCGCUCCAGCACCUGCGCCUUCAAACAUCAUCAGAGUCACAUAGCAUCGUCACGUAGCAUUUAGUCAAAUAGUGAGAAUUCUCAAUGAUUCCCAUCAUUCAUCACCGAUGACCACUGUACUACCUCUCAUGUUUCAUUUUCACCAUUAUUGUAAUAAUAAUAAUUAUUAUCAUCAUCAUCAUACAUUGUCUAAAUCGUCAUCAAAUCAUUUCAUAUCACCAUUAUUAUCAUCAUCUGUAUCUGUGUUGCUUGAAGACACUGGCAGUCUGUUAGAUGUUAUUUUGUUCUUUUUUUUUUUAAGUA